GUUAUAAACAUCUGGGCGGAAGGGUUUUGUGAUUAUAGGGUAAAGUUCGCGAGCGCUUUUUUGACUUCACAAACAAGUAAAAAGCUUUUUUUUUGCUCGAUCUCGUCUAAUAAAAUGUUUGCACUCAAAACAUUCAAGAGGUUUUCUCCUGUCACAAAAUGUGUUCAUUUACGGAGUAAGCUAGUGUUUACUUUGUCAAUGGCAAGAAUGCAGCAUUCACAGCAUGGGGAAACAACAGCACCCUUUCGACCCGAAACGUCCACGGCAACGACGCUGAUGGACAUCGGAACCAGACGGAUCUUCUCAGAGGAACACGACCUUUUCCGUCAGAACGUCCGACGCUUCUUUCAGGAAGAAGUUGUUCCCUAUCACGCCGAAUGGGAGAAAGCAGGUGAGGUAAGCAGAGAGGUUUGGGAAAAGGCUGGAGAACAGGGAUUGUUGGGAAUAUUUACUCCUGAAGAGCACGGAGGGAUUGGAGGAGACGUGCUGUCUGCUGCAAUAGUGUGGGAGGAGCAAAUGUACUCAAACUGCAGUGGUCCGGGUUUCUCUCUCCACUCUGAGAUCAUCAUGCCUUACAUCAGUCACUAUGGCUCUAGUGCUCAGAUCGAGCGUUAUAUUCCGCAGAUGACUGCUGGGAAAUGCAUUGGAGCCAUCGCUAUGACAGAACCUGGAGCCGGCAGUGAUCUCCAAGGAGUGAAGACAUAUGCAAAAAGAGAUGGCACAGACUGGAUUCUUAAUGGAAGCAAGGUGUUUAUCACUAAUGGCUGGAUGAGUGAUGUUGUGAUCGUAGUCACAGUGACGAAUCGUGAAGCGAAGACGGCAGCUCACGGCAUUAGUCUCUUCCUGGUUGACAACGGCACUAAGGGCUUCAACAAGGGCCGGAAGCUGGAGAAGAUCGGUCUCAAAGCUCAGGAUACAGCAGAGCUGUUUUUUGAGGACGUGCGUUUGCCGGCUGAUGCUCUCUUGGGUCAGAUCAAUAAAGGAUUCUAUUAUCUGAUGAAUGAGCUGCCACAGGAGCGUCUUAUUAUAGCAGUCAUGGCUCUUGCCAGCUGUGAGUUCAUGUUUGAGGAGACGAAGAACUACGUGAUGCAGAGGAAAGCAUUUGGCAAGACCAUUGCUGACCUGCAGACGGUGCAGCACAGACUGGCAGAGUUGAAGACAGAGAUCUGUGUUGGUCGAGCAUUUGUUGACAGCUGUCUUCAGCUCCACAGUGAGAGAAAGCUGGACUCAAGCACGGCGUCUAUGGCCAAAUACUGGGCUUCAGAUUUACAGAAUAAAGUUGCCUCUCAGUGCCUGCAGCUUCACGGUGGAUGGGGAUACAUGUGGGAAUAUCCAAUAGCCAAGGCUUUUGUGGACUCUCGAGUGCAGCCCAUCUACGGAGGAACCAACGAGAUCAUGAAGGAACUCAUCGCACGCAAUAUUGUUAGUCAAAAAUAAACCUGUGUGUCUGGUGCCUCCAAAUGAUAUUAAUAGUUUGUGGUACAAGUCAGAGCUCUCAGAAACUUCAGAGGUGUAAUAAGCACAUGGACACUCCUUUUACAAUUUUGUCAUGAUGUGAGCGCUCGUUUAUGCACGUUUAGGGACAAAAAGUAACAAUAAUUAUUUUUAUUAUAAACUGCAAACAAAUUCUGUUAUAGCAAUUUACUGUUAAUUGUUGUUAAUGAUGCACUGGAUGAGAUUUGGGUUUGAAUGUAUAAAGUUCACAAGAGAACCCAGUGCAGGCUAACAUCUCUGCCUGUCUCUGACUUCAAUCUCUACUCUUCAACACAACAGUCACCCACACAAACACACCUCAGAGCACUUGACUGUCUGACUUAUGACAGCGGUUUGAUUGCUGUUUUCUGCAUUUACAUUUAUUUCUUUGUAUUUUAUCUCACCCAUGUAAUGCCAACCCUUAAAUCUACAAAAGCUCUUGUUGACAAUUAACAUCGGUUGAGAUGUUGAUCUCUUCUUUUAUUUAAAAUCACCAUUAUAGCGCUCUGAUCAAGGUCUGGUUUAGUUAAGCUCUUUACCUUUGGUUUAAUUGUAAUACUGUCAUAGCUUUUCUUAAUGUACAUUUAUUAGUGGAUAAUAAGAUGCCAAGUUAGAGGAAGGUUGUUGUGACAGUGAUCAUCACUCAGGACUUCGAUCAGAUUUUCGAAUAAAUUUGCUGGUAUUUUAUACAGUACACCUAUUGGGUGUCUGCAAAGAAGAAUGUCUCUCUGUUCAGCUUUGUGCCAGACAAACUAUUUUCACCACUUAAAACAUAAAUAUUUUGUUAAGUUCAGAUAUUUUUGUAGAAAUGUACAUGUAUAUUUUUUAAAUGAAUGGAUUUAAAAGUCUAUGAACAAAUUAAUCUCUAAAAAGACGAUUUAGAUGGCCGUCAUAGUGUUUGUGUUUCAUUCUCUUCUGGUGAGCUCUUAACAGAUUUAUUCUGUUAUUUACAGUUGAUGUUUGACUGUAAGAUAGUAUAAAAAAGUUCUUGAAUUUUG